UCUAGGAAGGUGUCCACGGUUAAACGUGGUCCCGUGAAGGAGAUGCAAGGAUCUGUUGUUCUUCGCCCGGAGGAGCGGCACGUUCCGUCUGCAUGAUGCAAAAGGCGAGCCUCUGACUGCUGUCCGUGGUGCUGAAGAUUCCCAGCGGCUUGACAGAAUGCGCUCUGGAGGAGCAGUUGCCGAGCUGCCGCUAUCCAGGGUCCUGAAUCUUGCUGAAAGUUGCUGCCCUGCUUCAGAUUCACACAAACCCCAGCGCUUGUUUGGGGAGAGCCUGUAGAAAAGAACAGGGCACAAUGGUGCUGCUGCUGACUGCAUUUCGGUCUGGAUUGGCUCUGAGCUCCAGCAUGCUGUUGCUGUUCCUGGAACUGGAAGCAUAGCACAUUCUCCACCCUUGUGUGCCUUGUUGCAGAGAUACACAGCGUAGGGAUCCGGUAGGGUUUUUGGGGUGGAACUGAAGCUUGCAGUCGAGGAUAUAAGAAGAGAAAAGAAUAAGGUAUCUGCAAUGAUCCUGCGUUUGGAAUGUGGUUUUACACAAGGCAGCCUCACCUCUGGACCCCUUGAUGGUUAAUUUCUUUGCAUUCUGAGCACAGGGUUAAAGCUUAAGUCUCGUAGUAAAUCUUGGUUGAUUCUGUGAAAUGGGAAGCUUUGGGCAACAAGAUUUUUCUAUGAUUCACCCUUGAAAAUGAAACUGAGAAGAAUUGCUGUUUCUAAUACACUACUGAAAUAUUCAUCCAUGGUGGCCUGUGACAGUUUCCAGGUUUCCUUCUGAGCAGCUCACCAUCCUGGCCUCUCCAUGGAAGCAUCCGUUUACAUCUGGUAUUAGGACCAUACACAGAAGUUGAGGAGGGGGAUGGCUCUUCAUAUUCAUGAAGCCUGCAUAUUUCUGUUGCUAAUUCCUAAUUUGGUCACUCCAGCUGCCUUCAACCAUGAAGACUACCCUGCUGAUGAUGGUGAUCAGAUCUCAAAUAACAAUGAUAACAAUCUGAUCUUCGAUGACUAUCGAGGGAAAGGCUGUGUGGAUGACAGUGGCUUUGUAUACAAACUGGGAGAGCGCUUUUUCCCAGGGCAUUCCAACUGUCCCUGUGUCUGUACUGAGGACGGGCCUGUUUGUGACCAACCAGAAUGCCCCAAAAUCCACCCAAAGUGUACUAAAGUAGAACACAAUGGAUGCUGUCCAGAAUGCAAAGAAGUGAAGAACUUUUGUGAAUACCAUGGGAAAAGUUACAAAAUCUUGGAGGAAUUUAAGCCCUCUCCGUGUGAAUGGUGUCGCUGUGAGCCAAGCAAUGAAGUGCACUGCAUUGUAGCAGACUGUGCCGUCCCCGAAUGUGUCAACCCCGUGUAUGAACCAGAACAAUGUUGUCCAGUCUGCAAAAAUGGUCCAAACUGCUUUGCAGGAACUACCAUCAUUCCGGCUGGCAUCGAAGUGAAAGUGGAUGAGUGUAACAUCUGUCACUGUCACAACGGGGACUGGUGGAAGCCUGCUCAGUGUUCCAAACGGGAAUGCCAAGGCAAGCCGACGGCAUAGGGCAAAAUCCCAAGCAACUACAACAAGUGCAUAUCCAACCUAACAGCUUCUACACUGCACAUGUUAAAAUCUGCCAGCUGCAAUAGGGUCACCAGCAAAAUCCUUUAGGGUUAAACAAAAGUGACUAUUUCACUGAACAGUGAGUUCCCCCUCUCUCCUUCUCCCUCUCCCUCUUUCUCCUUCUCUCUCUUUUUUUCUUCCUCCAAGACAACAUAUAUAGAUAUCUAACCUACUAUGGCAAGCAGCACAGAUUGAUGGCAUACGUUAGGAAAGGAACAUUGUGCAGAGCUUCUUCUUCGGGUGAUGCCUCCAGCCUGCCAACUAAGUUUGAGCUUAUUUUAGCUCCUCACAAUCUAUGACAUCAAUAUCAUGAAUACUUUUGAGAGUUUACACAUUUUUUCUCUCUCUCUCUUUUUUCUUUUUUCUUUUUCUCGGAGUCAGGGUAUUGAAACAUGCAAGUUAAACAAGGAAGGUUGAGAAAUAAAAUGCACUUUUAAAGAUCAGUGGGAUCAGGAAUAUAGAAAAAAGAAAACCCUUCAAGAAUAUAAUGGAUGCACAGAUAUACAGUGGCUAGGCAAUCUAGGAGCCAUUUGUAUAUGUUAUGCUUUCUCCACUACGUGGGGACAAUUGAACAGAAGAGAUGUACAGCAUAAUUACAAUAGAUAUAACCUAAAGUAUCAGGCUAACUUAUCAGGCAAUCAUGUAGGUAGAUGACUUCAAUACUUCCAAAAGAGAUGAUAUGACUCAGGAAGUUCAACACUCAAUGACAUCCCACAACUUAUCCUAAAGCCUCCUCUCACAGCACUUUUUCUUUCCACCCCGCUCCCUCUGCUGUCUAUAUAGCAAAAAGGGAGUGGAUGAACUUUCCAUUUUGCUGCUUCCCCCAGCCUCUACACAACCUUUCAGAAAAAAAGGAAAAGAAAAGCCAACUUCAGCUAUACAGCCAGAUGCCAGUAAUGGUAAACUGCAAUCAAUCAAUCAAUCAAUCAGUCAGUCAGUCAAUCAAUCAGUCAAUCAAUCAAUCAAUCACCUGCUUUGCCAACCCUCACCUCACCCCUCAUGCUCAGAGUAAUCUGAUAUAGAAUGUAGAACUCAACACAUAUUAGGUGACAAUAACUAGAAUGGUGUUGGAAGAAACCAUUCAUGUUCUUUGUCAGUGCAAAGUUUUCUCUGUUAAUUUUGGGGGGACAAGGUAUCCACACUACAUGUACACCACCCUGGUAUAUCCCUUAGGCAUUGGGCUUCCUUGAGAUUAUAUGAAGGAUCCAUCUGACCUAACUGAUAUAUGGAACCAAGAUAGUCCAGUGCUUAAUUCCAUGUCUCUUGCCUCUAGAGCUCAGAUGGUCUUCUUUGUGCAGGUUUCCUGUAUUGACCUUAUUUCCUCACCAAUUUUGCCUCCAACAAAUGGUAUUAUUUGCCAUUUCCUGAUCUCACUGAAAGUAACAGCAAGGUUUGGGGAUAAUUCAAUAGACUAGCUUUUGCAGUGUUCAGUGUUGCCUCUUCGGGAGCAGAUAUGAACAGGCAAUAGCUUUGAAUACAACCUUUUAAAAAAGGUAUUAAAAUAUUUCAUUAAAAUGUUACAAGUCCAGAGCCUAUCAUUCCCAAAACCACAUUGGAAACCUUUGAUCCAACCAAAAAUGUAUAUUUUUGCAGCAUCAUGGAACAAGCAGGAAAUAUAUCCAAACAUUUUUCUUUGGUGUCCGCCAUGCGCCUUGGCCUCAUGUUCCAAGGAAAGAAGCUUGGGCUUCUCAGAAAGUCACCAAAAAUCCAAAGCCAGAAUUGGAGACCGUGCAGGCAAUCAGAUUACCUUGAUGGGAGAGUUUUCAUUCUAAGGUAGGGUGAUCCUCUCUCAGGAAAGUUUUACUAUACUCAACAUACAAUUGUGGGAUGAAACGAUCCUCUAUGUUAGCCUUAUGUGGAGCAGUUAUCAAGACAAGGAAGAAGAUGCUAUCCAGUGUUUAAAAUAUACACAGGCAGUGUUUACUAUAACUAUACUCAUAGGCAUAGCAGAGUUUCAAAGAGAUCACCAGGCCCCAUCUUUGACUGUAAGGUAAAGUCAUCCACAUCCUGUGCCCUGCCCUCCCUCCAAUAUUAGCCCAAGCCGCGUUGGGUCACAGUAUGUCAAGGCAAUGGGAAGGUCCGUAGAUUAGUGGUACAACACUCUGUCCAAAAGGAUCUCAGGAAGCAGGACUGAGAAAGACUCCUGCCUGGGACCUUUCCUGUGCUCUCCUUUGUCACUCAGAGAAGGGAUACAGAUAGCUAAGUCUGCUAGUAAAUCAAACUCCCAACAGGCCUCCCGCUAUUCAAACUCAAAAGUGACUCUACGCUUAGCAUGAGUGAUUCUGUCAGGUUCCCUCUAUGUACCUGUCUGAACUUUAGUUCUGCUUCUUUUGCUUAAAGGACAAACUUUAAAAAGAAAUUCAAAGUGGCUGAACCCAAAUAAGCAGCCAACACAGUGAUCCUGAUCAUUCAAGGAUGUCAGCAAAUUAUGCUAACAGCUAUAGGAAAAGGGGAAAAAAAUCAACUACUUCCAGCAAGAAAUGAAGCCCAGUGUGACCCAUGGAGCAUGGGGGGUGGGGGAGGGAGUCUUUCCCAAACUAGCAGAACUCUCAUCCAGACCUCAAGGGUAUAUAAUUAGAAGAGAAAGCUUCCCUCCACAUAGUCAAAGACCUGUCAACCCUACAAUUCUUACUACACCAUCCAAACACCAGUUUAUGAUUCUUUCCAAUCCCUGCAUACAGGUGCAUAGCACAUUUUGCGGUUCUGCCCUAAUGCAGAUCAUUUUAUCUACCUUGCAGGGGGUGCGGGCCUGGAGCUCCCAUUGCCACCUCAUCAACAAAGGCCACUUUACAUUUCAUGGAUUAGGCCAGGCUUCCAUGCUAUCCUAGGAAAACGUGGAGGAGUCCUUAAAAUCUAUCCUGCCACGCACAUAGCACUAGAAAGCAGGAGAAGUACGUCAUCCUGAGAGUACAGUAAGGACAGAUUCACUAGGUUUUGGACUGUUUGUUUCUUGAGCCAGAACUAGUGUUUUCCCUCAGCAACCUGCCAUCAGGCCAAGCAACCCCUCUGUGAUACACCGAUUUGCAACCUGGUUGGCACUUUGCUGUUGUGGCCAUUAAUUCCUGAAUGCUCAUUUCUAAAUCAUUUAUAAGUCACUUUUCUCUGUCUGCCCCCCAACCCCGCCUUCCCUCGGCUUUGUGAUUUAUUCAUGCUCACAAAGUGCAGAGGCAUUCCACGCUUCCCAUUCACUGAGAAAUGCCUUUUAUCGUUUGUUUGUUGUUUUCUUCCCUCUCCUUCUUCACACAAGUGAGCUAAGAAGACCAAUGCCAGGCUGAACAUUCUCAUUCCCCAGAAUAAAAAAUAAAUGACAUACCGAAGCGUUUGAAAGAGUAUGAAAACCUUAAGUGGAGCCAUGAAGCAUAGCUGCCCAUCUAUUAUUAAGCAGCUCCCAUGUCCUGUGCAGUGGCUGGGGUGGGGUGGGAAUGCAGUUGGCAGAGAUUCAGCAAAGGGCAACGAUAGGAAGAGCCGUGCACAAAAUUUACUGGGACAGAGAAGCUUGAAGGCACCAAGACACAACCUUAAGGAAGGAGCUGCUAUUGGAGCUGGAGGGUGGCAAGCGUGUCACAGGCAGAGCCUUUGUUCAUCCCCACCAAAAAGCGUUUUUGUGGAGCUUAACUGCACGUUGUUUACUUCUAGAGUGACUGUCAUACGUUGCCCUUUCUGGUGAAGGAAACAUGCCCUGAAUAGGAAAAAGGGAGCGCAGAUGGUCUUCUCACUAUAAUUUCCCCUUCUAUGCUUCUCCGAGAACAAGUCUGAACAUUUUUUAAAAAAAGGAAUCACAUGAGAUGGUUCUCCUGUGAAUGCACCACUUCUAAAUGCAGGGGAAGGAUGGAGACCAAAUGGUGAAAUGCCUCCCUGCCUUGAGACAUGGCUGACAGGAGACAACUACAGUAGCAGGAAGAUGAGUUUUAUUCUAGACCUCCUCCAUCACGUGGAGUUUUAGAUGUACAAGGGGAUUUUCUUAUGUGGGGAAAGCCCUUCAAGAUUCACUUCCCACCUACAUUCUGAAGUACAACUGUCUCAGAAAAAAACCCAUCAGCUGCUAUUUUGGAAGUAAUCCAUAUAGCUAUAGAGGAGCCAUUUUAUAUCUCCAUUUGGUAAAUUUACCAGUAUUUGGUAAAGGUGUCCACAUAGACCUUCUUUUAUUUCCUGAACCCUUCCUGUGGCACGGGGGUGGGGAGAAUAUCUUUAUAGUUUCCACCUCACAUGGCCUCCAUUUCUCCCUCAGAGUAUUAAUGCUGGGCAGAUUUCAGUAGCAGUCAGGAGUCCUCUGCUAUGCUCUAUAUUACCCAGGUGCCCUCUCCCAAACAGACUCCAUUCCCUUUUCAGGCUGGUCAAUCUGGUAAACCUGUGAGAAAGCACUGUGUUUGUUGCACCUCACUUGCCAUCCUAAUACACUAAAGGCCUCAACCUGCUAUACAAGCUGCCAUGAGUAAAUCCUAUAUCUUCAUACAUGGGAAGAACUGCUUUGUGAGCCUGAUGAACAACACCUGACUGUCCCCCUCAGAUGCUGAGUUUCAUCCAUUUAGGAAGCUCUGCUGCAAUUUAGAGGUGUCAACCAUGGUUAUUGAUUCUUCUGACAACAGUUACAUAUUUCAUUCAUGACCUUCCUUUUUGGCAUGACAAGUAUUGAGGUACCAAAUGUUCUUCUAUCCUGGUACUGACCAAUUUUGACCUGCUCAGCAUCAGCAAAGAUGGUAUGCCAUGUGCCUUCAGACCAUGUCCUUGGUGGUCAGACCUGAGAGGGAGAGAGACUGAGAAAGAGGCAGAAGGAGAUGCCAUGCAAUCAUCCCCUGUCUGGCAACUGCAAAAGAAUCUCAACUCAGAUUAGAGGUUCCUGAUCAUGACCCUUCCCCACAUCCUUCUCCAACCAGGUUCCUCUUUGGACUAUAUAACACAACAAUCCUACAUUCAGUCAAGCUGGCUAGGAAUCAUAGUCUGGCUGGGAGAGUUUGCUGUAGCACCUAUUCCGCCUCACAGUUCAGAUGCCACAACUGCAUCACUCUCCAAGCGUCAUGUGGAGCUGGGCACCAUUCAUGAAGGCAGGGUGGACCCUCAAAAGCAUCCAAGUACAUCAAACACAAGCCACACUAUAGGCCCAGAUCAUCCAUUCAGUGUAAGCGACAAUAUAGCUAUGCCAGAUCCUCCCUUCUGGAGGGGUGGCUCCAGUAGUCAACCUGCUACUGAAACGAGAUUGUCUAGGUCUUUCUAAAAAGGAUAAUGGUCAACAAGGAUCCUGAUUUUUUUAAAAAAAACACCUUUAAACAAUAGUGUGCCUGAAAACUAGUGAAAACAAAA